AUGGAUACAUCUAAAACCCUCGAUCUCGUCAACCUCGCCGAGCGCGACUUGUUCGAUCCCAUCCCCCAAGAUACCCUCGACCAGGCCCUUACUACUCCGCCCUUCAUUUCGGUGCCUGGUGCCUUCAAUGUCCGUGAUCUGGGAAGAUUCGAUGCCCCAUACAUUCGUCCAGGCCGGGUUUACCGGUCCGGGACGUUGGCGUACCUCACUGAGGACGGCAAGAAACAGCUACACGCCGACAUGGGCGUACGGCUGAUCCUUGAUCUGCGCGCCGUGGGCGAGAGAGCUUCCAUGCCAGCACCCGAUAUCCCCGGGGUGAAUGUAGUUUGGAUCCCCAGCGAGGGCGCGCAGCAGCCAUUAGAUCUCAAGGACUUUGUCGGCGAAAAAGGCGGCGAGAGGGGAUACACCAAGAUGUAUUUGGAAAUCUUGGAAGUUUACGCGCCGAGUUAUCGGUAUGCGUUGGAGCAUAUUCGCGAUGAGGCGGAUAGCAAUAGCGGCAUCUUAUUCCAUUGUUCGGCUGGAAAGGACCGUACCGGCGUCCUGGCGGCGCUCCUCAUGGGGCUGGCGGGUGCGCCUGAUGCUGCCAUCGCAGCGGAGUACUCCCUCACUCGUAUUGGAAUGGAGCCGCAGAAGGAACUCCUCUCCCGGAUUUUCCUCAAGUCCAAGCCGGAUUGGAAGGUGGGCGCACCGGGGUUCUCGGAGUUUGUGAAUGUGAAAGCGUCCUACAUGCUGGAGUUUCUGGACGCUCUGCGGGCGAGAUAUGGCAGCAUCGAGGGCUAUGUGACGUCUCGUCUUGGGUUGAGUGACGAGGAGGUCGACAAGAUCAAGCUCGCACUGAAGGGGUAG